AUGGGGGUGAUGCCGAAGCCGCUGUGGUUCGACGUUUACGCCGCCUUCCCCCCGCUGCGGGAGCCCCUGUACCGGGUGCCGCGGCCGCGCCUGGGGAAGGUGAAGGAUGUCAUCCCGCCCGUCUUCUACCCCGAGGACCGAGUCCGAGCGAAAUUUUACAGAAUUUAUGGCAGUGGUCCAAAACCUUUUGACCUGUCUCACUUGAACUACAAAUCUACUUGCCAGAGGUUUGUUGAAAAAUACAAUGAACUGAAAGAAGGAAAAAUUGAAGAAGAAAAAUUGUUUGAAGAAACAGGAAAAGCCCUUUUAGCCAGCGGGAUAAUUUUACUGAGAAGAGGAACAGACAAAGUAGCGCAACAGGAUCACCGAGAUGGUGAAACCAGAGACUCUGUAUUACACCUGCAGCUUCAAACUGUGCUGGAAGAGAUUCAGGAAAAGAAGAAAGAUCAGCAGGAGCAGAUGUCAGAGCUGCCAGAAAUACAGAAGGAGAAUCCCUGA